GAACCGACACUGGUCGUGCACGGGCGGAUUUGUCGUGUCCGCACCGACGAGCCUUCUUAAGCGUUACUUAACCAGGACUGAAGCUCAGUUACACAGGACGUGUCCAGACUUAGGCCGUCCUCAGCCCAGUGCGGAUCACUCCCAUGUUGUCGGCGAUGAGGCUGUUUGCCGUCGCGCUUCUGGUGGCCUCCGCCGCUGCCGCCCCGCAAUCGUCGGACUUCAUCAGCCAGAGCUUCAUCAUUAAUGGCCAGCCAAAAAUACGAACCCUCAAUCAGAAGUUUGACCAGGAUCUCAGCGGCAACUACGAAUACGCCUACGAACUGGACAACGGACAGCGGGUGGAGCAGGUGGGUCGAGUGCAGCCGGGACCCGAGCCAGAGACCGGCAGCAUCUCCCAGCAGGGCAGCUAUCAGUUUGUCGGCGACGACGGCAACACCUACGAGGUCAGCUACGUGGCCGACGAGAACGGCUUCCAGCCUCAGGGCGCCCACCUGCCGCAGCCUCCAGCUCAGAUCCCCGAGUAUGAGCAGCUGAGGCGGGACUACCCGCAGCUGUUCUGGGCCGAGAGCGGAGGGGCCGGCAUCGUUUUCGACGACCGGCUGCGGUUUAACCUGCCCCAGGUCGGUGACCCACUGCUGGACGCCCGAUUGGAGGAUCGCGUUGUCUAGUCGAAACGGUGUGUGAUGUGUUCGUCAAAACACCUCAAAUCCGCUUAUCUUAUCUUCGUGAUGACACUGUCCAG